AUGGUAAGCUCUAAUUGUUCCACUGAGGACUCCUUUAAAUAUACUUUAUAUGGGUGUAUCUUUAGUAUGGUGUUUGUUCUUGGCCUCAUAGCAAACUGUGUUGCUAUCUACAUUUUUACUUGCACAUUAAAAGUGCGAAACGAGACUACAACUUACAUGCUUAAUUUAGCAAUAUCGGAUCUGCUUUUUGUGUUUACAUUACCCUUCAGGAUUUAUUACUUUGUAGCAAGAAACUGGCCAUUUGGAGACAUUCUUUGCAAGAUUUCUGUCACCCUCUUUUAUACAAAUAUGUAUGGGAGCAUUUUAUUUCUGACUUGCAUAAGCGUAGAUCGCUUUUUAGCUAUAGUACACCCCUUUCAAUCUAAGACUCUCCGAACCAAAAGGAACGCAAAAAUUGUCUGCGCUGCAGUAUGGAUAACUGUGUUAGCAGGCAGCACACCAGCAAGCUUUUUCCAGUCUACAAACCGCCGUAAUAAUACUGAACAAAGAACGUGUUUUGAAAACUUUUCGGAGGACACUUGGAAAACCUACCUAUCCCGGAUUGUUAUCUUCAUUGAAACAGUUGGGUUUUUUAUUCCGCUCAUCUUGAACGUGACCUGCUCUACUAUGGUCUUACGGACUUUGAAUAAACCACUUACAUUAAGUCGGAAUAAAUUAAGCAAGAAAAAGGUACUCAAGAUGAUUUUUGUCCAUUUGGUGAUAUUCUGCUUCUGCUUUGUGCCUUAUAAUGUUACCUUAAUACUUUACUCUCUUAUGAGAACACAGACCUGGGUUAAUUGUUCAGUGGUAACUGCAGUCAGGACUAUGUACCCUGUCACUCUGUGCAUUGCUGUUUCAAACUGCUGUUUUGACCCUAUAGUCUAUUACUUUACAUCGGAUACAAUUCAAAAUUCAAUUAAAAAGAACCGGUCCACUAGACCCCGGGACAUUAGAUUCUCUGAAAGGCCAGUUUCAGAAAACAUUCAACACAGCCUUCAGACCAUAAAAAUGAAAAUAUCUGACAGUGACUCUACAACAUAAACUGUAUUAAAAGACUACUGGGACUAAACUGGAAUUAGAAGCCUGCACAUUUCUUCA